CACCACAAUCCGUAUAUGGAGCUCUUGCCUCGGACUCAGAACCUGCUGAAGUCCACCUCCUCUCUGGCUCUCCACCCCUUCCUCAAUCACCUCCAGCAACCCCCGCCCCACCACCACCACAUGCUCCCCGCUCCGGGGCUUCCCUACCUCGGCCACCUCGUGCAGGGACACCCGCUGCGUUCGUCCAAGCCGGAGGAGCUGGCGGAACACGCCGCGGGUCUUCUGUCCUCGGACUUCAGCAGCCCGCCCAGCGGGAGGUCCUGCUGCGCGUCCACGUCGCCCCCGAAGACGACGCGCGGCCAGGCGUCCCCGCCGGGAAAAGGCCGCUUCAACUUCAGCGAGGAUGAUUUGUUCACGGUGUUGUAUGGAUACUCCGCAGGCCGGGAGAAGCACGCCAUAUCCGGGCUCAAACUGCCCGAUAAAUCAGACUCCCACAUGCUGCUGCUUGACAAAGACACUCUGGAUCUUCCUCAGGGUCUGAGCGUCAUGCAGGCGGCGUGGGGGGACGUCUCCCACUGUGGCGUCUUCACAGACAAAAUCAUGGCCAAGGGGACACGUUUUGGUCCCUUUCAAGGCAAACUGGUGAACACCAGCGAGAUGAAAACAUACGACGACAACACUCUCAUGUGGGAGGUGUUUGAGAAUGGACGCUUGAGUCAUUUUGUGGACGGAAGAGGGGGGACGGGCAACUGGAUGUCCUUAGUGAAGUGUGCCAGGUUCCCAGAGGAGCAGAACCUCAUUGCAGUGCAGAUCCAGGGUCAGAUCUUCUAUGAAGCCUGCAAAGAGAUUAAAGCCAAGCAGGAGCUUCUGGUUUGGUAUGGAGAUUCUUACCUGCAGUUUCUGGGCAUCCCGCUCACACUCAGGGACUGUGGACAAGACCACAGCUUGCUUCCUUCCACUGAAGAUUCUGGCGAAGGCUUCAAGUGUGACAGGUGUGGGAAAGUGUUUGCCUACAAAUACUACAGAGACAAACACCUCAAGUACACUCGCUGUGUGGACCAAGGAGACAGGAAGUUCCCUUGUCACCUCUGCAGCAGGUCCUUCGAGAAGCGAGACAGGCUGAGGAUUCACAUCUUGCACGUCCACGAGAAACACAGACCUCACAAGUGCACGGUUUGUGGAAAGAGUUUUUCUCAGUCUUCCAGCCUCAACAAACACAUGCGAGUUCACUCUGGGGAACGUCCAUAUAAGUGUGUCUACUGCAACAAGGCCUUCACGGCCUCCAGUAUUUUGCGCACGCAUAUCCGACAGCAUUCCGGAGAGCGGCCAUUCAAGUGCAAGCACUGCGGGAAGGCCUUCGCCUCCCACGCCGCCCACGACAGUCACGUGCGACGGACCCACGCCAAGGACAAGCAGUUCCUGUGCGACCUGUGCGGGGUUUCAUUCCAGGAGGAGCAGCACCUCAAGCAGCACGCCAAAACUCAUACAAAGGGGCAACUGUUGGACACAACAAUUCUUUCUCCAAGAACUGGAUCUGUUGAAGAAUCCGUUUUGGACAACAAUAAAAGUCAAAGAGACUUCCCUUACUCUGGAUUGACUGUUUUAAAUGCGGAGUAUCGGCCCUGGAACUAACAAAAAAAAAUCUAAUGAAAAUGAUUAAAAUGUUAAUUUAUGAAUAUUUUGUUGUACAGGCCUUUUUAGUUAGGCAAAAUCAUGAGUGUCUAUUUAUAUACAUGUGCUUGCCUAUAUAUUAUUAUUAUCAUUGUCAUGACUA